AUGCUUCCAAGCAACGCCCUGCUGCGGGUUGCCAAGGACGGGAGCAUCGGCCCUCUUCUUGCGGCUCUCAAAUGGAUAGGGUCUCUGUACAUCGAGGUGGGCCCGUGGAGGGCGAGAUACCUCGAAGAAGCGCUGCGGCUUGUGUACGAUCCGGCCACGCCGCGCGACGGGUUCUUGCUACAAACUCUCCUACUCUUGACCAUUGGGUUGGAUGGAAACUGUGAGCAAGAGAAGGCUAGGCAGCUCUUGUCAGAAUCUGAGAACCUUGCGUUGCAAUUGAGUAUCAAUUCUAGAAACUUCGCGGCAGUUCACGGCCGAGGGGCCCCUGUUCUCGAGGAGAGUUGGAGAAGGACAUGGUGGGAGCUUUACGUGGUGGAUGGGAUGAUUGCUGGAGUCCACCGUCAUACGAACUUCUUGCUCUUCGAUUUCCCGGCCGAUGUGGCUCUGCCUUGUGAAGAGUAUCAGUACUUGUCAGGGAAAAAGGGUAUCCCGCCACUGGCAUACUUGGAGGACCUUGAAAACAAGGAAUUCUCCGGGGACGACCGCCCCUUCUCUUCAUUUGCGUACCGGAUUUUGGCCACGAGGAACUUGGGCACGUUUUUGCGAGCCACGCCGGUUUACGGAAGCAGUCCGGAUUGCCUAGAGCGAAUCGAGAACAUUUUGACAAACUGGAGAGUGCACUUGCCCGAAUCGAAAAGGGAUGCGCUCAACAAGGACUGUAGAGUGGAUGAGAUGAUGUUCCAAGCGCACAUGAUCACACAUGCCCGGUGGGCGCAAUGGCUGCUUGGCCCUCAGGACGAGGAUGAUUUGCGGCAACUAAUUCGACUCAAUAUCGGGGCCUUGGACCAGCUAGGAAAGGUGUGGCUGGCGGCUAGCACCGCGGCUAGCCAGGUCCGAGGAGUGGCACAGGAUAUAUACCGCGUGAAGAAGGCGCGGCAAGUCGAGCCAUCUUUCUGGCAAGGGCUCACGCAAGGUGAAGUUAUCACGGCAAUCGCAACGGAUGAGACGAUUAUGAGCGAGAUUGAGAGUUUACACGGCAUCGCCGGACAAUAA